AUGAUGGGCAAACUGCCUUUGGGGGUUGUUUCCCCUUAUGUAAAGAUGAGUUCGGGGGGCUGUGCAGACCCCCUGAAAUUCUACGCCACCAGCUAUUGCACAGCCUACAGUCGGGAGGGUUUCAAGCCCCAGAUUGGUCAGCACAAAGGCACUGGAUACCAGGCGAAUUACCGCCCCUUGGUCAGCUACCAUCCUACCUUGGACUCCUUGGACAAUCCUGUUGAAGGGGAAAAUAUCAAGGACGCUUCUCAGUCAGUCUAUACCCAGAGCUACCAUCCAUUGGAGCUUCAAGAUGGCAGGAACUCCCUGCCCUGGAAUGUGUACCAGUCUGGCUCCUCCUACGUUCGUGAUAAAGUCAGCUCUUGUGUCCCUUCCAAAGAGGUCAAGAAAGUCCACUUCAACACCCAGGAUUAUGGUGGACAUGCCAUCGCAGGAUUGGAACCCAAGACUGUGCCAACCCUCCAUGAAUAUGUGGGCAAAGGAGGCAUUGAAAUGGAGAAUUACCGAUAUGGUCCCCGAUUUAUGACCUCCGAGUACAAUUCCAAAUACCGCUAUGAAAUCCCAGGCCAGCCAGAUUUCCUUCAGAAGAAGACGAUUGGUGCCAAGGAGGAUACGGGCUUCACAGAGCAGGGCACCAGGAAUCCCGUUGUCCCCCAGGGCCUCCCCGGAGAACCUGUGCUGUCCUGCAACAGAAGCGUCAGCAAGUCAGAUUACAUCUCCUAUAGCAACCCCCACGGGGAUGAAUACUUGCCUGUGCUGGCCAAAGGUUCGGAGAGAGAGUCCGGCUUUAGCCGGCAGAAGGAGAAGCUCUUCCAAGCUACCCCGCCCAUUGGCCCGCCUUCUCUCUCGGAGUCCGGCAGUCUGACUCACCGCCAGUUCCAGGGCUUGCAGUGGGUCCCCCCGACCACCAAUGCCAUGCUGGGACGGGAGACCGUGGGGGCCAAGGAGCCGUCUGGCUUCAGCACCAACAACCCCGGCUACACGCGCAGCUUCGGCGCAGACGCGGAUCAGAGGUUUCUGACCACGUACAACCAAAAAUACUUCGAUAACACUCCCAAGGGUCAGGACCGGGAAGGGUGGACUCGAGGAGGCAUCCAGCACCAUCACCCCGGAAGCUACGUGACCAACAAUCCUGUGACCCAGAACAACAUGGAGAGCUACCACAACCCCAUAGAAACCAUUCGGAAAUCUCACCCCCACGUGGGCAGAACCCUGACUGCCCUGGAUCCUUUCUACAGAGACAAUCCUCAUAGCUCCGGCCUUUCUUCUCUGCGGACGCCAUCCUGA